CCUGCUCCUAACUCCCAUGCAACCUCUUCCAACCUGCUUGUCCGUUGCUGUUUAUUCACCAAGCCACACAGCGCAGAGACCACACCACCAUCACGCUGCGAUUCCACUCUUCUCGUCUGUUGCCCGCAUCUGUUUUACCGUUCGUGUCUCGUCCUUGGUCGUAGCCGUCGUCGUUCCGGACCAGAGACGCGCAUAAAGAAACACGCCAGUAUUCCUACCUACCUACCUUACAUGCAGCAGACUCACGGCCGCUAAGAACAGACCCUCGCGCCUUGCUUACUCUCGUCUGCCACGGACGCCAGCAAGCCACAGCGAACUGACCUCUAAGAGAUGAUGCCGCCGUCGCCGCCUCCUUCACUCCCGUCACCCUAACCUAACGCCUUGUGCCCAUUUUCGUCACUCCCGUCUGUUUAUAGCUGGUCGUCUCGACUGCUUUCUUUCCCCGGUACACGCAUAUUGGUUCUUUCCUCUCUUCGCCGUCCCUCCACUCCACCCACCACCAACUCCCACGACAUCCUGUGGCAGGGUUGUCUUGCAUCAGUUCCUCCGAACCAACUCGACCUCGACCUCUCACGCUCCACGCUCACCCGUCGCAUUUCCCAACAAAAUAUACGACCCUGGCUGCUUAUAGUACUACACAACCACCACUUUCCAACCUCCUUCGACUUACCUCUGUUCGUCCGAAUUUCUCAUCAUCUUAGCUCCAAGGCAAACCCCAUAGCCCACGUGAGGCGAGACACUUCCCUCCUCGUCUGAACUUAACCUGUGACGACAACAACACCUUUCGCACAGUCGAAUGCGGGGACCGUCUGGGCACUCUUAUACGUAGACAUUGAACCUCGCUGCCAUCCGGAGCCCGAGCCUGCACCCUCGCUUUUGCUGUGAGCACAUAACUGAGCCCUACACCCUCUCGCCGACUAGCCCUCUGACUGAUUGUGUCCUAUAGUCUCCGACGCUUCCUUCUCUUCCCCGCUACUCCACGAACUACAAACAUGUCCGACGACGGCCCCCGUCUUAUAAGGCCUAUCCCUCGCCGUCCCUUCGAACUAAAUCAUAUUGCUCCGACUCCUCCAGAAGAGAACUCGUCUUCCCCCAGUCCGAACCCUGAUUUCGAUUUGUCGAGACUGCACAAUGCCCAAACAACGUCUUCAGAGUCCGGCUCCAUACCUCGCGCCCAGUCGGUACUUAACAUGACCGCAUCGACGCUGUUUGGGAUCUACUCGCCAACCACAUACGGCAGAGACUCGCGAGAUGAGCCAGAGACCCCCUGGGGUACUGGGGCGCAAACACCUAUCAAGAGGGCCAAUGUUGACGACACCACAUUCGAACUCAUGAAGGAUCGCUCCAAUCUCUUGCGUCGCCGGUCCUCGUACCGAAGUGGAGCGAAGACUCCGCCGCCCUCAACAGCAACCACGGCCCUGUUCAACCUGUCCCGCAUUGCACUUCUCUUUGUGAUCGGCAUGGGAUACGGACUAAUGGUCACGAGGUUGCAAAAUGAGCACAGAUUCUCAUCGUUCCAGGUCGACAGUAUGAUGAAGCCCGGCUAUGACUGGCAGUAUCUUACAUUAUGGGGCUUGUCUGGCGUUGGCCUAGGCGGCCUCCUCCCUUGGUUCGAUGGCGUAUGGGAGGACACGUUUGGAAAGGAGGAGGUAGUUUUGGAGGAGACGAACGGCAGCCCAUCACCAGAAGAUGUCAGCCCUGUAAAGGACUGGGCUGUGGUUGUCCGCAGCAUAGGCGCUUUUGUUGGCAUUGUAUUCGCCAUUCGAAAACUUCCCUGGGCAUCUACCCUCCAGGUGUCUCUCACUUUGGCGCUCGUUAACCCAUUUCUGUGGUACUUGAUUGACCGUUCGAAACCUGGGUUUCUGCUUUCGGCCGCUGUGGGCUUGGCGGGAUCGGCUGUACUCCUCGGCAUCAACCCAGAUGUGAUGCCUACACCAUCAUCUCUGACCUACCGGAACGAGUCGGAGCGGGCCUACUCGGAGCCCAUCACUCUCGGUGGGCUUGCCAGCCAGGAAACUAUUGAGACGGGCAUUUGGAUGCUCAGUGUCUUGUUCUGCAGCUGCGUCUGCUUUGGCAACAUUGGCAGACGAUUGGCGUUGAACAAGUCGGCGUCUGCGCGUGGCCGAUGGGCUGGUACCAGAUGACAAGACCGUCUGUCAUGAAGGAAACUGUAUCAUUUCGGGUCAUGAGUGUGUCCUAAGCUUUGUAUUCUUGGAAAGGUUGGAAACGGUUAAAAGGGGCAUAUCCGUAUUGAUACGAAUAUCCAUUCCAGGGGUGUAUUCUGAACUGUAUUUGGUCUGAAUAGCGUAAUGAUAUUCCCAGCGUCGAGACAUGCUGCUAUGCUAAGCGGCUGUCCCUGGCAAUAAACCAAGCAUUGCCCUGGUGUACCUUCUCGUGCUUGGGACCACGACACUAGGAUUCCAACUCGUAUCAUCACACCGAUGCUGCCUAAGCCUUCUGAUCUCGGUGUAUCAAUUUCCAACGUGUAUGAAGCCGACUUCGUACCAGUGAGGUUUGACCGCAGUGUUCCUCUAAAGCGGGCUCUUCUUCUCACUGUUUGCUGUAUCCUUCUACAUUUCCCGCAUUUGCCUCUAUUUGUAGUAAUUUCAAAAUUUCCCAAUCUUUCCAAGCUCCUUGACGGCAAAUCCGGCCAAUGUCAAAUCAAUUUCUUUCGCUUCUUUUUGCCUUUUCAAUGUGUGCCGACGAUGUAACCCCUUUCCUUCUUCCAAGUCCACACCACCUUUUUUUUCCCUUUCAGAUGGCCUGCUUCAAGACAUCGACAACCGCCUGCGAUCUCGAAACGAUAUCGUUGCCGUAAUCCACCUGCGGGAGACCAAUCAUGGUGAGCAGCUUCGGGUUGGCAAUCAUUUCGUUGACCGUCGCCGAUCGGCCGCAGACGUCGACAAAGGACUCGGCGGCUGCGUCGGGGCCGCUGCGACCUGGUACGCCUGGGAGUGUCACUCUCCAUGUCAGCAAUGCGGGCUCCUCUUUUUUUUUUUUUUUUCUCCCUCCUUGGUUCCCCCUCCUCCUUAUCCGUAUCCGUACUCCUCCC